AUGGAUCAAGCAAGCGGUGGGGAUGACCCGAAUAAACCCUCUAAAAAGAAGUCCGGCGAGGACGAGGGUAAAAACAAAAAGCUGAACAUACACAUAAAAACAUUGGCUGAUGAUAUGCGUGAUCGCCUUACCAGUUUCAGGAAAACAGGGAUGAAGAAGGAGAAGCUGCUUAUACAACACCCAACAGAUCCCCUCUCUACCCAGACUGAGAUGCCAGUUCCUCAGCCCCUUUUCGACGACCGCUCCCUGAACCUCUCGGAAAAGGAGAUCAUUGACCUCUUCGAGAAGAUGAUGGAGGACAUGAACCUGAAUGAGGAACGCAAAGCCCCUCUGCGUGGAAAAGAUCUCAGCACCAAACGCGAGAUGGUGGUCCAGUACAUCUCCGCUACUGCCAAAUCCAUAACUGGGAGCAAAGUUCCGGGUGGACUAAGGAACAGCAAGCAUGAGUGUACCCUUUCAUCCCAAGAAUAUGUCCAUGAGCUGCGUUCUGGCAUCACAGAAGAAAAGCUGCUCAAUUGCCUGGAGUCCCUCAGAGUGUCUCUCACUAGUAACCCUGUCAGUUGGGUUAAUAACUUCGGUCAUGAGGGUCUCGGUCUUCUUCUGGAUGCUUUGGAGAAGCUGCUGGACAAGAAACAGCAAGAGAAUAUCGAUAAACGGAACCAGCACAAACUUAUCCAGUGCUUGAAGGCUUUCAUGAACAAUAAGUAUGGACUGCAAAGGAUCUUGGGAGAUGAGCGGAGCCUGUUGCUGUUGGCACGAGCGAUCGACCCCAAACAGACCAACAUGAUGACCGAGAUUGUCAAAAUCCUCUCCGCUUUCUGUAUUAUUGGAGAGGAAAAUAUCCUGGAUAAGAUCCUAGCUGCCAUGACAAUUGCUGCAGAGAGGAACAAUAAAGAGAGAUUUGCAUCGAUUGUGGAAGGACUGGAGAACCACGAUGCCCAGCAGCUCCAGGUUGCUUGUAUGCAGCUGAUCAAUGCCCUGGUCACCUGCCCUGAUGACCUGGACUUCCGGAUACAUCUGCGUAAUGAGUUCUUAAGAUGCGGCCUCAAGAAGAUCCUACCUGAGCUAAAAGAGACAGAGGAGCUCGACAUCCAGCUGAAGGUGUUCAAUGAAAACAAGGAGGAGGACUCUAUCGAACUCUCCCAUCGCCUGGAUGACAUCCGAGCCGAGAUGGAUGAUAUGAAUGAAGUGUACCAUCUCCUGUCCAAUAUGGUGAAAGAUACCGGCUCAGAGCCCUACUUCCUGUCGGUCCUUCAGCACCUUUUGCUCAUCAGGAACGACUAUUACAUCAGGCCUCAGUAUUACAAGGUGAUAGAAGAAUGCGUGUCUCAGGUGGUCCUGCAUCGCAAUGGCAUGGACCCGGACUUUGGCAGUAAAAGAUUGGACGUGGACUUCACCCAUCUGAUCGAUCAGUGCGUGGAUAAAGCCAAAGUUGAAGAGAGUGAGCAGAAGGCUGCGGAGUACUCCAAAAAGUUUGAUGAGGAGUUCAGUGCACGGCAGGAGGCCCAGGCCGAGUCUCAAAAGAAGGAAGAGAGAAUCAAAGAGCUGGAGGGGAAGAUCCAGGCUCUGGAGUCCCAGAUAGCAGCAGGUCCAACUCCAACUGCUCCCGGAGCACCACCUCCACCACCCAUACCAGGCGGUGCAGCGGCUCCCCCUCCACCACCUCCUCCACCACCUCCACCUGGUGGCUGUCCUCCCCCACCUCCUCCUCCUCCCCCUCCUCUCCCUGGUCACGCUGGCAUUCCACCACCACCGCCUCCACCACCUCCUCCCCCUGGCGGAGGACCCCCACCUCCCCCACCACCCCCUGGUUGCGGGCCCCCGCCUCCUCCGCCCGGCUUCGGCGGCCUAGGUGGGCCUCCGCCUUUUGCGAUGCCUGUCAUCAAACUGCCUUAUGGACUGGAGACCAAGAAGACCUACAAGCCUGAGACCGUGAUGAAGAGGGUGAACUGGACCAAGAUAGUGCCUCAGGAAAUGGCAGAGAAUUGCUUCUGGAUCAAAGUCAAAGAAGAGAAGUUUGAGAAUCCUGACCUAUUUGCUCAGCUCUCCCUCUGCUUCUCCUCGCAGAGCAAAGUGAAAAAAGAUGUUAAAGAUGAGACUGAUGACCGAAUGCAACAAUUCAAGAAAAAGGCAAAAGAGCUUCGUAUCCUGGAUUCCAAAACCGCACAGAAUCUUUCAAUUUUCUUGGGCUCGUUCCGCCUGCCUUAUGAAGAGAUCCGGGACAUUGUGCUGCAGGUGGACGAGGAAAGACUGAGCGAAUCACUCAUCCAGAACCUGAUAAAGAAUCUGCCGGAGCAGAAAGAGCUGAAUGCGCUGGCGGAACUAAAGGGUGAAUAUGAAGAGCUGGUGGAGUCGGAGCAGUUUGGCAUUGUGAUGAGUUCAGUCAAACUCCUACGACCACGUCUCAACGGCAUUCUGUUCAAACUGACAUUUGAGGAGCAGGUGAAUAACAUUCGGCCAGACAUCAUGAAUGUGACAUUUGCCUGUGAGGAGGUGAAGAAGAGUGAAAGCUUAUGCAAACUCCUGGAGCUGGUGUUGCUGGUUGGCAAUUACAUGAAUGCCGGCUCGAGGAAUGCCCAGACGUUUGGCUUCAACAUCAGCUUUCUCUGCAAGCUACGAGACACUAAAUCCAUCAGUCAGAACACAACACUUCUUCAUUUCCUCGCUGAGAAGUGUGAAGAGAGUCACCAAGAGAUCUUGAGGUUUCCAGAAGAACUGGAGCAUGUGGAGAGUGCCAGCAAAGUGUCGGCGGAGAUCUUAAAUAGCAGUUUGAACACCAUGGAACGUCACAUUCAGAGGCUUGAGACCGACAUCAAGAACUUCCCCAAAACAGAUGACCAACAAGAUAAGUUUGUGGAAAAGCUGAUGGACUUCUCCAAGCAUUCAAGGGAGCAGUAUGAAAAACUGUCCACGAUGCACAAGAACAUGCAGAAGCUCUAUGAGAGCAUAGGCAGCUAUUUUGCCUUCGACCCCCACUCGGUCAGUGUGGAGGAUUUCUUCGGAGAACUGGCCAACUUCCGCAUCCUCUUCAUGGAAGCAGUGAAGGAGAACCACAAGAAGAGGGAGAUGGAGGAGAAGAUCAAGAGAGCCAAGCUGGCGAAGGAGAAAGCAGAGCGGGAGAAGCAGGAGCGGCAGCAGAAGAAGAAGCAGCUGAUUGACAUGAACAAAGAAGGAGAUGAAACUGGUGUGAUGGAUAGCUUAAUGGAAGCUCUACAGUCCGGAGCAGCCUUCCGGGAUCGGCGAAAACGCACACCCCGCAAUGACAACCGCCGCGCUGUCCUGGAAAGGUCUCGUUCACGCCACAACGCAAAUCACCAAGCUCGAUGAUCGCCCACGCCUACCACAAGACGCUAGAUAAGUGCCAAAGAGGCCUGCGAGGUGGAGACCUGGAUGACAUCUGAAGGAGGGACAGAACACCCGCCACUGUAGCGCGCACUCACGCAUACACACACAGCAACAAGUAUGGAACAAAAAAAAUGAAAGAAUCCACAUACACCGGACGCAUCUACAAAACAUCAAAAGCAGACUUUUUUUUCAUGCUGUUCAUCUGAUGCCUUACAUAUUUAUUCAACACAUUCACUCUUAAUGUUCAUGUCCUCUCCAGAUGGUUUUGGUUUAUCAAAACAAAACAAUAUAUUUUUUAAGGCUGCUGCUGUUUUUAAAGAAAGGUUUGCUUUGCUUGGAAAUCCAUUCCGAUUCCUGCAAGUCUAAGCUUCUUCUAAUCCUUUUUUUAAUCAAAAUACUACAGUUCAUAUACAGAUUUGACAUGAAACAUCAAUAAACAUUCUGCCAAGAAGGACUGCACCAUAGUGUACGCUUAUCGUCCUGAAAAAUAUACCACACACAGAACAUUAAGCAACGGGGCAGAGGGUCGGCGGUCCUUUAAAAGAACGAUGAUGCAGAAGUUUUCUUCAACAAGUCUCUGAACUCUUCACAGAGGAGGGAGUGGUUACUUAAAAUGUUUUAUAUUUUCUGUCAAUUCUUCCUUCAACCAACUUCAAGACAAUGUUACUAGCAAAUGAACAGAUAAUAAUUUCAUUUCAUUACAUAUUUCACAUAAGCCACAAGAGCUUGCUCGCCUGCGCCAAUAUUUCAGAGCAUGUGACUCAUGGAUCUUGAAACUGUAAUCUCCAUUUAGACAGGAUGCGUUUUAUUUUUAGUUGUGUAAUAUCUGUCCAAUGCCUCCAGGUGCUGAUCUUUGUCCCAAGGUCGCUUUUGCUGUUAACAUGAGAGACUGACACAUUUAUAAAUGCAUAUAACUGCCGCGAGGAUCUAACACAACCCCUUGACAUUUCCUGCAGUGACCGAGGUUUUCAGGGCUUCGAUACAUGGGUACAUUUUGUAGAUCAAAAUAUGAAAUGUUUUUAGGCUUAAAUGAACCACACGACGUAUUUUAUUCAUACUGAUGAAAAUUUUACACCUGGUGCUUGUUGUUCUUGUACAAAAUAGUUAACAUAAACUUUGCUGUAAGCUUUGCUACUCUGUAAGGACCCACUGUCACACAGUUUCUUUACGUGAAAUAUUUAUUCAUAUAUUCAUGCCUAGAGCGACCCUGUCCCCUCACUGCCCUAAACUGUAAGCAGAUGCUACUAAAAACAACCACUGAAUCCACAUGGAGAGUGGGCACGACCCAAAUAUUCGACUAAGGGGCAAGAGAAGACAAGAUGAUGCUUGUCUUAGCAAGUGAGUCUCCCAAGCCCUCCAAUUCCCCAGCACUAAUAGCAUAAGUGACCCUUUUUUCCAUAACACAAGAUACUUUAAUACCAUAACUCUGCUUUAGGCUUUGUGUCUCUGUAUGUUUGUGUGUGAGUGCGCUAUGCCAGCUCAGUAAUCGGACAGGAACCCAGGCAAAAUAGGAAGUGCUUGACUCCUUGCCUGAAUAGAUGGAGACUUUUCAUUUCAACAAUCUGCGAGUGCUGCUUGUGAUGUGUCUGUUUCAUGAUGCUUCCUCUCCCAGCCUGCAUGCUUCUAAAAACGCAAUUUUACACAUCAUCUCGGCUCAAGGUGCAUCCACAAUGCUUCGAGAAGUCUGCGUUUUUAAGAAGACAAUAGUUCUCCUGCUGUUUAAUGGGUUCGAGCAGUUACACAGAGAAAACAUAGAGAAUGAGGUUUCCGCAUAAGAGAUUGUGCGUGGAUUGGAGUUUAAAGGGUGUGUUGAAUACAGCAGGGAUAGAGAUGUGCCAUGAAAGGCACUGAUUUCAUUUUUGUAAUUGCAAACCACCCUCUGUCCUCAACACCACCACACCUGUACAACUUAGUAAAGUAUUGGAUAUCUGUUCUCCCUCAACACCAAUGAGACAAAGGCGUGACGUUUGGUGUUUUUAACCUUGUGAUCGGAUACUGUAUAUGCCAAAACAACCAGUAGUUUGUUGUUUUCAAAUUGACUCGAAAUCUUUUAUUGAUUAAUAAAUCAAUUUAAAAAAAAAUUCACAUGUGCCAACCUUUUGGGAGUGGGUGGAUACACAGUUCCCACUGUACAAUGACGGAAAAUUCCUUUUUAUUAUUAUUAUUAUUAUUUUGUUUUGUAUAUCAAAGGGAGGUACAAUUAUUUUUUUUGUCAAAGUCUUGGAAAAAUUGUACAGAAAUACAAAAAAUGUCUUUUUAAUUUCAUUCAAAUAGAUCCAAUUUGGAACUGCAAUUCAGAGGAGGCCAUUUAGAUGUGGUAACAAAAUGAUAGACAUGUAGUAUUUUUUUUCUAAAAUAAAACACUCAAACUCUUUUGUAAGACGUAACUUAUUUGCAAUUAAGAAAAAAAAAAUCUAUUGUCAUGAUGCCAUUGUAGAACAUAAUGUGCAAAGAGCGAAGGUGUCAAAAAUUGUAGAAGUUCAGAUCAUGCAUCUUUCUUGCAACAGUGAUUACUUUGAACAAACAAUGCAAUGCAACAUUGAAUAGGAAAAGUGCAUCAUACAGUUAAAAUCAUUUUUUCUCAAUAAAAGCAGCUUUAGUGCAGGCAACUUAAGAUCAUGCAAGAAACUUCUACAAUGACAACACUGUCAUCAUCCCUGUAAGUGAUUGUUGUACCCCCCAAACCUACUCCAUUUCAUCUUUUAGGAUAAUCAGUAAGAAUUCUGUGUUUAUGUAGAAAAUAGCAGGAGUGUUUCAUGUCAAAGAACCUGAAUUUAUUCCAUCAUUUUAGUGUAAAAAAAACUGCCUCUAGACAGGCCGAUCAUCCCAUUGUAUUUUUAGCUUGUGACUAACAAACCUGAUCUGGUGAUAUGACUUGUGCCCAUGGUAAUUGUAAAAUUGAGGAGGCAGGGGUAUGAAAGAUUUAUCAAAAAACUGUAUACAAUGUCAUUUUGGUGGUGAUUGGUGGCAAGCGAUUUAAUUAAGAGAAAAGUUUGCAGUCUAACUUACAGUCAAUGACUGUGUACUUUACCUCACAAGAUAUUCUGCUCAGGCAGAGGAAGAGUUGUUUGAGAUGUUUGAAUACAACAUUGCUACUAACAGAGUGAAAUAUUUGCAAAGUAUUUCUUUUGGUAAAUAGAUCCAGCUGCCACAUAUCCAGUUCUUUCCUACGUUGUGAGUGCUUACUAUUGAUUUGUGGAAGACCCAUGCGGCUGAACCAACAAACAACGCUCAUAACUGUUGACAAACCCUUUCCAACCAUGAUGUGUAAGCUGCCAUAUCCCUGCCUACCCUCCUAGUUGUCAUUGAGUAUGUUUUAUUGUCUUAAGAAACAUUUAUAUUUGUAACAUUUUAAGUUUAUUUGUAUCCUUGAGACCAUGAAUAAAAAACAUAAUGGUUAUGCACAUUGUCCUACCAUAGAAUAUGUAAUGGAAUAUGAUACUAAAUAAUAACCACUUUGUUAUAUAAACUGAUUUCUGAAAGAU